AAAGCGCCCAACUGAUUAAACAAACAAUCGCCAUUAUCUUGAUUUUCAGCAGGUGGUUGUUUUGAUUUAGUUGACAUCGUUUUACCUGUGCCAAGAACAAGUGUGUCACGCACGUGUCUGUUUAGAAAUGUGACAAUGGUAGACAUCCAAGAGGCCCCAUAGCCAUGGAACUGGUGGUUGCCAUAGCAAUAGGAGUCCUGUCUACCGUUUUUAUAGCUUCCGUUGUUGCCUUGGUGUUCGUGUGUCGACAGAAAUGUAAGAAAGAGUCGGAUCUCAUCACUCAACAGCACCGAGAGACCAGGCCAGAUGUCCAGUUAAUAGAAGAGGACACACAGAGACCGGUAACUGCUGGUGUGGAGCUCCGAUGUCCAGAUGAAAAACUGGAUCAGAUUCUGACAGAACAGCUGGUCGGAUAUGACGAUGUAAGAGGUUUAGUGCCUCACUGUCUCUCCGUCCUGAAGACGUGUAAAUACCUGACGGAACAGCUGGUCGGCAUGACGAUGGGGAAUUCCCAGACGAUUCACACACAGGAGCUGUUGACGGAGGUGGUGACCGUCGCUAAGAGGAUCAGUCCCCGCGUCGACGAAGUCGUCGUAGCCAUGUAUCCACCACUGGACCCACGUCUCUUAGAGGCCAGGUGUACUGCCCUGGUGCUUUCUGUUAAUCAUCUAGUACUUGUCACUAAGCAUGCUUGCCAAUUGUCUGGAGAGAUGGACUGGAUCGACCAAAAAAUGGCCGACGUUGAGGAACACCUCAGAGUAUUAAGAGAAGCCAGCCUAACCCUGGAGAUGUCUAAAUGGAUGGCGGAGAGCUUACCCGAGGAAGAUGAGACAGCUACAGCAACCAGUUCUACACAACAGAAUGAGUCAUCGCAAGUCUAGCCAUUCAUCUCUGCAAAAAUUUAGUUAUUAAAAGACAUGAGUCAUCAACUCACCUCCCCCAAGUUUACGAGACAGAUUGAGUCAUCCCAAGUCUAGCCAUUCUAUUCCACAAAAUUUAGUCAACACAUAUAGAAAAUUGUGUCAUCAAAAAUCUAACUUACAACUCAUCUUCCAAAUAUUCAUUGUCCCAUCUCAUGAAUUGGUCACAACCCUACUGAUCCUACCCCUCCCCAUGUCUACAUCCAUUCCUACUCCAGGCCUGGCCCCCAUCUUUGCAAAUGUAUUUGGUGACAACUCUAUCAAGAAAUUUUUUUCAUACAAAAUUUAGUGUUAAGACUACAACAGAAUGAAGUGAACAUACUAUUUCUAUAUGAUUCUUAUCUUCUGAACCAGUGAAUACCUAAUCCCUAUGGUUCUGUUUCAUUAUUCCUUCCAGCAGUGAGUUUCUGUCAAUUUUAUUUCAAGUUUGGAGGUCUUUUUACAACCAUAUCAAAUCAGAGGAAGUUUCUACUCAAAGAAGCAACAGUUUUUCACAUAGUGGAUGAAAGAUGAGUCUCCAAUAAUCAUCAUAUCAACUAUUCAACAUAAGAUUAAGUUGUUGUGUGGGUAGAAUAGUUAACUUGAGAAAGUAAUUCAGUAUUAAUGAUUGAAAUACAAAGAAGAGAUUUACAAUUGAUAAAUGUAUUGAUGAUGUCAAAACCCUACAAAUCUACCAAUACUCCUACGCAGAUGUUUUACCAGAGAAAUUGCAGCUAAGAAUCAAAAUAGAGUUUUGCAAUUGCUGUUAUAUUUUACAUUGAUAUAAUUUGUGCAGUACUUUUAAUGGCUUUGAAGUACUAAGUAAGAUUUUUGGUCUCAUCUUAAGUUUUUGUAAUAAAAGGAACAUUCCUUUCUAGUAAGCCUUUUUAUUGCAUUUUAUUGUUAUUAUUUACCUAGAGAAUAUAGGUUACAUUACCAUAUCACUGUUGAAUACAUAUGAUGUUUGCAAUGCUAAGUUAUUGUUGUUAACUGUAUAUUCUGCUUUUACACAACUCUACUUAAUUAAUGUUAAACUUUACAGACAUUUACAGUUACAGCAAUGGGCAAACUCAGCUUCAAAGUGUGUAACAGGCAUAAAGACAAUAUUACAUGAACUCUAUCAUUAACUUUUCUGGGGUGAAACUUUCAUUGUUUUAAAGGGAUUAUGAAACCCAGGAAUUCAUGUCCAACACGAAAUGUUAAAUUCCAUAUAUAUACAUAACUACGCAAC